AUGAAACGUAGACAUGGAUUACUGCUGGUGGACCGCCUGAUGGUAGUGCCACGGACGCAGGAUCAUUUGCAGAAACUUGAGGAUGUCACUGACAUCAGUCACGCAAUUCUCACUCUGAUGAACUUGCUAUAUGACCCUGACACAUUGCAUGGUGUAUUGUAUUUGCACCAGGCUGCAUGGCCGCCUUCUGGCACAGCACAUACCCCUGCUCGCCUCGGCCUCCUGAGAAGCCUCCUGGCCUGUCAUCGCACCCAGACUCUUGUCCUCUCCUCCCACCCUUUCCAACUGGCCACGGUGCCACCUAGGAUGCCGGCGGCGGCACCAGGAGCUGACUCUAUGAUCCGCCAGCCUUCGCCUCCCUUCCUGCCCCAGUAGAACCUGCAUCCUGCGCCCUGCCCCACCUGUCCCUGCCCUCCUCAUCUCCUUGUCCCUUCCACACCGUUCCCUCUCCUUUCUUCAAACUCACAUCCCCUCGGAUGCCCACCAUAGGCUGAGUCUCUGGACUCCAUGGUCCCCCUUUUUCCUCUUUCCUCUGUCAUUCACUGUCAUUCCAACCCUCCUGUCCUCAUGGAAGAUGGCAGCUCCCAAACUGUCCCUUCUCUCCACCUUUCUUGAAUUCUUGACACCAUCCUGGCUGGUGUCUGCAGUCACACGGAUGACCCAGUACUUUAUCCCCAGCUCUCCUCCUGAUGCCCACAGCCUCUGCUUCUGCACCGCCAUCCGGAUCAUGCCGGGCCCCUUUUCCUGCCCUAUCUAUUCACCUCUUCUCUUCUCUUGUGCUCUCUGACCCGGCUACUCCACCUGACGGCGGCGCCUGGGACACAGAUGGUCCCAUCUCAUUCCAAAUCCAUGUCCCCAGCCUCCAAAGAACUGGGACCCUGUGCAGCAGCCCCUUCUGCCACCACUUUCCUGAGACCGCCAGUCAUGAAAAAAGAAAAACCUAUGCGUAUAGUACCCAUCUUUUCACCUAGAAAUAAAGGUACAUUUAUUAUACGUUUUGGUACAUUUUACACAAGAAAAUAG